CCAGGCUCGCCUCCCAGCGCCCCUCGGCGGCGGCGCCGCCUGCGCGCACACACACAUUUGCCCGGCGCGGCUCCUCCCCUUUCCUUAACUUGCUGCGCUCCUAAGUUGCCUCCAGCAGAGUCCCAGCCUGCGCCCCCCGGCCCACCUACUCGCUCCCGCUUCCCCGGACAGCUUCCGACCCUCCCCGCGUGGACUCCGCUCGAUCCCGAGGGAAUCUCGCCUCUUGCCUCCUGCCCACUUCGCUCGCAGUCUGGAAAGGAUUUUUGUUGUCACUGAUCAAGGAAAAGGAAUUCUCACCCCCCUCCCCACCACAGAGAUUUUAACAGCAGCAAAUCUAUAAAGUAGAGGCGUUGUGAGCUAUAGAUGACUAAAAGUAACGGUGAAGACACGAGGUCAGGCAACAGGAUGGAGCGCAUUCAGCAAGGAGUCCGGAAACGUACUCUCCUGGCAAAGAAGAAAGUGCAGAGCAUCACAAAGGAUGAUGUCAAAAGUUACUUACUGAGGAAUUUUUUUGUGCUCUUCACCAUCAUUGCUGUCAUUGUGGGUAUCAUCCUUGGAUUUGGUCUUCGGUCAUACCACUUCAGCUACCGAGAAGUGAAGUACUUUUCCUUCCCAGGCGAACUCUUAAUGAGAAUGUUGCAGAUGCUGGUUUUGCCUCUCAUUGUAUCCAGCUUAGUAACAGGAGUUGCUGCCCUGGACAGCAAAGCAUCAGGAAAGAUGGGGCUCCGAGCCGUCGUCUACUACAUGAGCACCACGAUCAUUGCUGUCCUGAUUGGAAUUAUCAUGGUGGUCAUCAUCCAUCCAGGGAAAGGGUCGAAGGAAAAAAUGCACCGAGAAGGCAAGAUUGUCCGAGUGACAGCCGCAGAUGCCUUUCUGGACUUGAUCAGAAACAUGUUCCCUCCGAAUCUGGUGGAAGCCUGCUUUAAACAGUUCAAAACAAACUAUGAGGAACGGACACCUAGUAUAGCAGUUGACUCAAACGAAACAUCUGUCCUUGCUGGCAUUAUAAACAAUGUGUCCGAAGCAAUGGAAAACCUAACUCAGUUGAAAAAGGAGAUGAUCCCUGUUCCAGGGGCUGUAAAUGGAGUAAAUGCACUUGGACUGGUUGUGUUCUCAAUCAGCUUUGGACUGGUGAUAGGGAACAUGAAGGAGCAAGGACGAGCAUUGAGAGAAUUCUUUGAUAGCCUUAAUGAGGCUAUCAUGCGCCUCGUAUCACUAAUCAUGUGGUAUGCACCACUUGGUAUCCUGUUUUUGAUUGCUGGAAAAAUUGUUGAGAUGGAAGAUAUGGGUGUGAUCGGAGGACAGCUUGCCAUGUAUACUGUUACUGUCAUCAUUGGCUUGCUCAUCCAUGCUAUUGUAGUGCUGCCUUUACUCUACUUCCUCAUCACUCGAAAGAACCCUUGGGUCUUCAUUGGAGGAUUGCUGCAAGCUCUCAUCACAGCCCUGGGAACAUCUUCAAGUUCUGCCACCUUGCCGAUCACAUUUAGGUGUUUGGAAGAGAAUAAUGGAGUAGAUAAACGCAUUACAAGAUUUGUGCUUCCUGUGGGUGCAACUAUUAACAUGGAUGGUACAGCUUUGUAUGAGGCACUGGCUGCAAUUUUCAUUGCACAGGUUAAUAACAUGGACCUCAACUUUGGACAGAUUAUCACAAUCAGCAUUACGGCUACAGCAGCCAGCAUUGGUGCAGCAGGAAUUCCUCAGGCUGGCCUCGUCACUAUGGUGAUCGUAUUGACAUCUGUUGGUUUGCCUACAGACGAUAUCACCCUUAUCAUUGCAGUGGAUUGGUUUUUGGAUCGUCUGCGUACCACCACCAACGUUUUGGGAGACUCUAUCGGCGCAGGGAUUGUAGAACACUUAUCGCGGCAUGAGUUGAGGAGCAAGGAUGCUGAGAUGGGUAACUCUGUGAUAGAGGAGAAUGAAAUGAAGAAGCCUUACCAGCUGAUCUCCCAAGAGAACGAGAAUGAAAAGCCCUUAGACAGUGAAACCAAGAUGUAAGGUAGAGGAACGAUACAAAGCACUAGAUAUGCAGGAAGCGUACACUUCCUCCAAUCCUUUCUGUAACUUGUCCGUUUGUUCCUCAUCUCUCUAUAUAUAUACAAGCAGAGCACUGAAGAAGUUUAGGGCUUAACUAGACAUGAUGAGAGACGUGAGGUUAUAUCCAGUGGUGUCACUCAGCUGUUAUUAAGGCUUCCAUCAGCAGGAAGGGAAGCUAUUUUCAGCCAUUUCCUCAUAGGCCUAGAGCCCCUCUCACACCCUAUAUCUGCUCCUGAGAGUUGUGGAACCCUCCAGUGCAGCUUCGGGAAGUGGGGGCUACAGUGCUUCCCUCCUCAUUUCGCUGAUGGAAGCUUCACUGUCAGUUCAGUGACGUUACUGGAUAAAACCCAUGGUGGCUACAUGCAAGGUCUCUUCGCCCCCUUCUCCUUGUGCUUGCAUCUAGGUAAGCACAACAUGUAUUGUGAUGUCAUCACUGUGUGCAUCGCCCUGCAUCCAGUCCUGUGUGGCUGGAGGAGGGCAAUGCACAGCACAAUGACAUCAUUCCACGUGGUAUGUUUCCCUGGAUAAAGGUUUCAGGUGGCAUGUGGAAGAAGAGGGGAAAGAAGAUUGAGUGGCUCCAGCGCCACAUCUACUGUAAUGUCUAGUUAAGUCCUUGCUGAAAUCUAUACCCCAUUACUUAGUAA